UCCGGGUCGCUCUCGCAGCAGCGUUCCUUGGAGUCAUUGCUGGACAGGGACAGGGUCAGCGAGCCCGCUAACUGCCUCACCUCCACCAGGCUCAUCCUCCAGCAGCGCCUGCCGCCUACGCUUCCUCUUGAAUCUGACAAUGCACCAUUUUGGAUCUGGUGGUGGUCCCACUGAAGCUCUUGAUGCCAGUGUGAGAAACACGUCUACAUAAUGCAGCGGCCUGACUGAUAAAACAUUCAUUUCCUGAGUGUUCCGCAGUGGUCGAGCCACCACGCCCCAUCAUUUGCGGACAUCCUCACGAAAGCCCAGCUCACCCCGGUCAAGGUCAAAGGUGAUCCUCAUGUUAACUAAAUACUACGACUUCAGCUCGGGCAGAGUGACGGAAAGUUCUUUAUGGAGAUCCACAGAUUACGGCAGCACAUACGAGAAACUUAAUGACAAAGCCGGGCCCAAGACCAUCCUCAGCUAUUUGUAUGUCAGUCCCAACAACAAACGCAAGAUCAUGCUACUGACCGACCCGGAGGUGGAGAGCAGCCUGCUCAUUAGCCUUGACGAGGGGGCGUCCUAUCAGAAGCACAGCUUAGCCUUUGAUAUCCUCAGUCUUCUUUUCCACCCUGAGCAGGAGGACUGGAUCCUGGCUUACAGCCACGACCAAAAGCUGUACGUCUCGGUGGAAUUCGGGAGGAGGUGGCAGCUUGUGCACGACAACGUCGUCCCCAACAGAUUCUACUGGUCCAGGUUGGGCUUGGACAAGGAGCAAGGAAUGAUCCACUUGGAGAUCAACGUCUCCGAAGGACGUUCGCAGUACAUCACUUGUAAGCUUCAAAAUUGCUCCGAGGGAAACAAGGGCAAGCCUUUUGCCGGGUUGAUCAUCCCCAACUCCCUGGUGGUGCAGGACGAAUACGUUUUCAUCCAGGUGCCAACAGGAGGCCGAUCCGUCCAUUACGUGUCCUACAGAAGAAACUCGUUCUACCCGGUUAAGCUGCCAAAGUACACUCUACCCAAAGACUUGCAGAUUAUUAGCACCGACGACAACCAGGUGGUGGCGGCUAUCCAAGACUGGCACCAAAAUGACUCGUACAACCUGUAUAUGUCCGAGUCUCGGGGUCUCUUCUUCACGCUGAUGCUGGAGGAUGUGGUGAGCAGCGGCGGACCGGAAGGCAACAUCAUGAUCGACCUUUACGAGGUUGCUGGGAUUAAAGGGGUGUUUCUGUCAAAUAAAGUUGUGGAGAACCAAGUGAAAACUUACAUCACGUACAACAAAGGCAGAGACUGGCGGCUUCUGCAGGCUCCAGCGACGGAUCUCCAAGGCAAGCGGGCGGAUUGCGAGCAACCGUACUGCUCGUUACAUCUGCACCUCCACGUUUCGGAGAAUCCUUACACCUCUGGAAACAUUGUCAGCAAAGAGACGGCGCCUGGGGUUAUCGUCGCAUCAGGUGUCGUUGGACCCGAGCUCACCACUACAAAUGUCAGCAUCUUCAUCACAUCUGACGCUGGCAACACGUGGAGAGAGGCUUUUCAGGAAGAGUACAGCGUGUUCUUCCUCAAUCAAGGAGGAUCUCUGGUCGCUAUCCGACACACACCUCUGCCUAUUCGACACAUUUGGCUGAGUUUUGAUGAAGGCAGAAACUGGGACAAAUUUAGCUUCACCUCCUCGCCGCUCUAUGUGGACGGGGUGCUGGGGGAGCCCGGGGAGGACACCCUCAUCAUGACGAUCUUCGGUCACUUCAGUCACCGAUCCGAGUGGCAGCUGGUCAAAAUUGACUUCCGGUCCAUUUUCCAACGCCGCUGCACUUCGGAAGAUUACGCGCCGUGGCAGUUGGACAACGAGGGAGAAGUCUGCAUCAUGGGGAUGAAGAGAAUCUUCCAGAAACUGCGAGUAAACGCUCGAUGCGUCAAGGCCAGAGAACAGUACAUCUCUCAGAUGUCAGAGUCCUGUCCGUGCACAGAGGCCGACUUUGAGUGCGACUACGGAUUUGAGCGUCAGGUCGACGGAAGCUGCACUCCGGCGUUCUGGUUUGUUCCCUCGGCCACAUCCAGAGAUUGCAUCACGGGGGAGAGCUUCCUCAAUUCCACAGGAUACCGCCGAGCGUUGUCUAACAACUGCACGGAGGGGACUCUGCUCAAGUACAGCCCCAGGCGGCAGAAGUGUCCCCGUCAAGUCCCCAGGGGCCUGCAGCUCUUCACCAGCGAGGGCGUGCUGGUGGCGGCGCUCAACAAGAACGUCACCUUUUUGGUCUUUCUCGAAGAGGGCCUGAGCUCAACCACGAGCGUAACGGUGGACUUUGGCGACGGCACGACCAUAUCCUACGUCAACAUCAGCUCCAUAGAGGACGGCGUCAAGCAUGUCUACGGCAAAGUUGGCAUCUACCAAGUUUCUGCCACAGCGAGCAACGUUCUGGGCUUUGAUCGGGUGACGCUCUACCUCCACGUCACUUGUCAGCUCGAGCAGGUGCAGCUCUCCGCUCCGUCCGUGGCCAUCAAGAACAAAGCCGUCAACUUCACGACGACGCUGCGACCCGCCAACGUAGGGACAGUCACGUACUACUGGUGGUUUGACAACAAAACAGAGCCUUUGCUGAGUCUGGAUGGAGGGAUGUCCUUCACCUUUUCUCGGGAGGGAAGUCACGUGGUCACCGUUCAGGCUUCAGUCGGGAACACCGUCCAUCAAGAUCACAUGACAGUGGCAGUUUAUGAUUAUUUCCAGUCACAUAUUCUGGCCUUUUCCUCCAAUCUGGAUGACGCCAACCCCGGCCUGUCUGAGUGGCGGACGGACAUCGGAAGGGUGGUGAAGCGCUCCGUUGUCCAGGUCACGGGGAUCAGCGAGGACCAGUUGCUGGUCAACGUGUUCCCAGGUCUUCCGACCACGGCCGAGAUCUUCAUCGUUCCUGAGAGGAGGAACAGAGGCGACGCCAGGGGUGAAAAGCGCCAACACCUGGAACAGCUCUCUCAGGUGCUGCUAAGUGCUUUGAACCAGGACCUCGUCCAGUUCACACUCAAGGCGGGAGUGCAGGUGAACGUCUACGCCAGCAGAUUGUCGCCAGCUCCUCUGGUGGACAGCAGCGAUAGCAGCCACAGCAGCACUGCCAUCAUAAUGCUGGUGUCCGUGGCGCUGAUGGGGCUGGUCGUCUUUGCCAUUUAUAAAUUUAAAAGGAAGAUCCCAGGCCUCAACACGUACACGGCGGAGCAGCCUGACAAAGAACAAGAGGUCGUUUCCACCGUCACCUCCGUGGCGGACACAAAAGCUGAGGCGGAUAAGAUGACCUCACUGGAUCGCGUGGAUGUACAGCUGGAUUCAAAAAGUAGAGGCUACCUGCCAUCGCGUGCCGACGUCAAGCUCCCAGAUGAAGCGCCCCAUGUGUUUUAAUGUGCGGCGUCGACGGGGGAACGCCAAAGCAAUACAUCUUCCCCGGCCGGCAGUUACUUCCAGCGCGGUCACGAUGAAUGCUCUCGAGUGUUUUGCUACCCACGCAUGGACAGAGCGGCUCACGCUGCGGCGCCGCGCCCGCCUAAUCCAUCCGAGGAGACUGUACAGAUUUAUACAUCCCCGCUCUCCAAAUGGGACUCUCUUUUUUUGACUGGAGAGUAUUUUUCAAAGGACCUUCAUCUUUUGAUGUAAAUAGUGUACAGUCCGUUGAGAAUGGAAGAAAGGCGCUUCUUUCCAAAAAGUGGCAGAACACUGAGACAAAGUCGUCUUUCUGGCAGUCGAUGGAAAACAUUGGAAAGCGUCUUAUUGCUACUCCAAGACAGCGAAGGCAAGCGCCUUCAUUUAGCCCGUCGCAAUCUGCAAGAUCUUAUCGGCGAGAUUGCCAUCAAAUGAAGGUUGGCAAUAUCCAGUGGAGGAAGGACAGCCGCCACUUGGACAUCUGCGCGCUCCGUCGCCGCCGCCUGAUGCUCAAAUUAUUCCGCGUCACGACAAAAGUGCGAGCGGAAUGGAAGAUGAAAGCUACGUGCCGAUGAGACAGACAUCUGUCCCAUUGAGUGGACGGCAAAUUUUACAUUACACGUCUUCAAAAAGACAUUAGUGCUGCACAAACGGAUUGUUUCACAGCUUGUUUGACGUGUAAACAAGGAAAUGUGGUAUUUUUAUUUUCUCAAUAGAGGGAAUGGUGUGUUGUACGUUUUAGCUAAGACAGCCCAAGUGCUGUUGUGCGGCACAAAUGGCUCCAGUGACAGUUUUUAUGACCUUUAGGAAUUCCAUUCAUUUGACACGCUCCCUUGUUUGUUUUACAUUGAACACACUCAUCUUAACUCCUUCACUGCCAGCACAGUUCAAAUGUCUAUAGCCGUCAAUGGUAGUGAAUGAGUUAAAAGCUUUUUUUUAAAUUUAUUUUUUUAAGAGAAAAUCCGUUUCUCAAGACACAUUAAGUAGACAACUCAAUCAGAAUUUGUGGCUGUAUCAAAUAAUGAAUUCGACACUUUAGUUAUGGAUCUUUUCUCAACCACAGAGGACGCCCCAGUUCCCCAAUCCACCAUGUAUCUGUUAGCUGCAAAAGAUCUAGAGCAGAUGAUGAAAAGUAUCGAUCGUGGCAACAUACCAGCAUGGAUAUUGGACUUUUCCUCAGUACUAGGUUGGCCUUCAAGAAGCCGACGGAAUAAAGGUUGCCCGACAUGGCGAAGACGUAUCUCCUGUCAAGCUAGCUCAGCCCACGCGGCGGCCGAGGGUGGUGCGUCUCUUUGAAAUGAAUACUGGAAUUCUAUCAAGCCUUUUUUAUUUUAAAGUGUUGUCAGCGUUAUGUGUCAGUAAGACAAAUGAACAAAUACAUUUUUUUUGGUUCCCAUCAUGCGGUGGAGGUCCAAGAACUUAUCGUGGGAUGAACACUGAAGUCUUUUCUGCUUGUGUUCUUUCAUGUGAAUACUUGUCGGGUUACUUUUGCAUGAUAUGUUGUAUUCUGUUGCUGCUUUGUGCAAUAUUUACAUUAAAAAUGUAUGCUGCAGUUUG